CAAAUCCAUAUAAACUCGGUUACUGUGUGUGCUUUGGAUUAACACGAAAAGUUUUGAUUACUUUAAAAAAUUAUCAACUAAAAGCACGAUUACUUAGCAAUGCCAACGAUAUCUGUAAAUCGGGACGCAUUGUUUGCGGCUCUUGGUCAAAAAUAUACUGAUGAUGAAUUUCAAACUCUUUGCUUUGAGUUUGGGUUGGAGUUGGAUGAAGUUACCACGGAAAAGCAAAUGUUAAUGAAAGAACAAGGCGAGCAGGCAGGUGCUGGCACUUCGGAAGAAAUACUUUAUCGAAUUGAUAUUCCAGCCAACCGAUAUGAUUUACUCUGUUUAGAAGGAUUGGUCAGUGGGAUUUUAGUAUUCCAAGGAAAGAUAUCACCUCCAAAUUACACAUUGAGAAAAGCUGAAGAUCACUAUGCCUUACACCUGACGCCGGCCACCGCUCAGAUCAGACCCUAUGCUGUGGCGGCCGUGCUCAAGGGGCUCCGCUUCACUAAGCAGAGCUAUGACAGCUUCAUUGACUUGCAAGAUAAACUUCACCAAAAUAUAUGCAGAAAGAGGACUCUUGUAGCUAUUGGCACACAUGACUUAGACACCAUUGAAGGUCCUUUUGUGUAUGAUGCUCUGCCACCAAAGGACAUUAAGUUCAAGGCUCUUAAUCAACCAAAAGAGCACACUGCACCUGAACUUAUGGAAUUAUACUCAAGUCAUGCACAGCUGAAACAAUAUUUAGGAAUAAUUAGAGAUAGCCCAGUCUAUCCAAUUAUUAAGGAUAAAAAUGGUGUUAUACUGUCUAUGCCCCCUAUUAUCAAUGGAGAUCAUUCUAAAAUCACCCUCAACACUAAGAAUGUGUUCAUUGAAUGUACUGCUACAGAUUUGACUAAGGCUAUUGUAGUCCUUGACACAAUGGUGUGUAUGUUUUCGCAAUACUGCAGUAACAAGUUUGAGGUGCAACAAUGUAAAGUGUACGCGCCCGACGGCACUUAUGAGCUCUAUCCCAAACUGGAGCACCGGCAAGAAGUCAUCAAUGUGGAGAAAGCCAACAACUAUAUUGGAAUUAACGAGGGAGGCGAGCGUCUGGCGUCGCUGUUGUCGCGCAUGUGCCUGCAGACGCGGCUGGAGGGAGACAGCCUGCUCGUGUCGGUGCCGCCCUCGCGCCACGACGUCAUCCACGCCUGCGACCUGUACGAGGACAUCGCCAUCGCUUACGGGUACAACAACAUCCCGCGGCGCGCGGCGCGCGUGGCCACGGCGGGGACUCAGGCGGCGCUCAGCAAGCUCACGGAGCAGCUGCGGGCCGUGUGCGCGCUCGCCGGCUACACCGAGGCGCUCACCUUCACGCUGUGUUCGCGCGAGGACAUCGGCAGCAAGCUGGGCCGCGACCUGGCGCGCGAGCCCGCCGUGCACGUCGCCAACCCCAAGACACUCGAGUUCCAGGUGGUGCGCACGACGCUGCUGCCGGGGCUGCUGAAGACGCUGGCGGCCAACCGCGGCCUGCCGCUGCCCGUGCGCCUGUUCGAGCUCAGCGACGUGGUGCUGCGCGACGACUCCGCCGAGUGCGGCGCGAGGAACGCGCGGCGGCUGUGCGCGCUGCACGCGGGGCGCGCGGCCGGCUUCCAGCUGGUGCACGGGCUGCUGGACCGCGUGCUGGCGCAGCUGCGGGUGCCGUGGGCGCGCGCUGCCGGGGACACGGGGUACCGCCUGCGACCCGCGCAAGAUCCGGCUUACUUCCCUGGACGGUGUGCAGAGAUUUUACUUGAUGACAAAGUGAUUGGAAAGAUCGGAGUUAUACACCCAACUGUAUUGGCGAACUUCGAGCUCACCAAUCCCUGUUCAGCAGUAGAACUGGACAUUGAGCCGUUCGUAUAAAUGUAACCCGAAAUGUAUCUACAAAUACAUAAUGCAUUUUUUUAUUUAUGUAAGUACCAAUGAGAAAUUGAUUAUAACUAUUUAUGUUGAGUACAA